UGAGGGAGGACUAGAGACAUGGGACCGCACAUCUCCCGCACGCGACGCAGCACCUGAAACCCAAUGCGGCUGCUGGACUUUGUAGUGCUACGGAGAAACUCACAAACUUUAAUGCUUCAAGGAUGUUCCUCUCAGAUGGGACUCUCUCAGCCGUCAGUUCUGCGCUCCUGUUGGGAAUUACGUGUCUGAGCGUCCUCAGCGAUCUCACCAAGGGCUCAUCAGACCUUUCAGGUUACCUGUCCAAAGUGUUGAGGAACCACACAGAGCAGGCCUGUGACGGAGACUUCCUGUCUGUUCGCUGCCCGCCCCGCACCACCAUCACCAUCCAAUCAGCUUUCUAUGGAAGGAGAGGCACCUCUGACCGCCUACAGUGCCCUCAGACCUACCAGGCCCUCCUAAGUUCUUAUAACGCCCGGGAGGAUGACCGAUAUUGUUCUGUGUCCACCGCACUACAGAAAAUGCUGGACGAGUGCCAAGACAGAAGGAGCUGUCAAGUCCUUGUCAACAGCCGCGUGUUCGGGACGGACCAGUGUCCUGACAGCAGUAAAUACCUCAUUGUCUGGUACAAAUGCAGACCUAACGAGUAUGAGAGUAAGGUGGUCUGUGAGGAGGAGAGGAUGAGGCUGAGCUGCAAACGGGGUAUGCAGAUCGCCGUUUACUCUGCCAUGUUUGGCCGGACUCAACAGGGCACCCUGGAGUGUCCCCUGCACCACAGGAGGGCCCCGUCAGUAGACUGCCAGUCGUCUGUGGCUCUGCAGGUUCUGACCGCCCGCUGUCAGGGAAAGAAAAGCUGUCUUGUUCGAGCCUCCACCAGAAACUUUGGAGAUCCGUGUUACUCCGGCACCAGGAAGUACCUCAGUGUCAUCUACACCUGUGUCCCAAAGAAGUUGCUGCAGGAUCACGGACCCAGACCGCCGGUGUACUCCCCUCCACCCAGCGCCCAUGACCCCAACAUAGUGGGAGACAGCCCUCCGGAGGGGAGCUCAGUCAAAAGCUCUGACGCUGUUCCAGGUGAGCAAAAUAGGAAGAAGAUUCGGGAGACUAACCCCAACGAGGAGAAGUUUUCAGAAGCAGAAGCUGGAGGAGGAGGUGGAGGAGAAAGUCCACUGCGACCCCCGGGCAUGAAUCCUAUCAUCAACUCCACCUCUAGCGCCAACAUGGCGCUCAUCAGCAACGCACUGGCGGCCUACAAUUACAUCUCAGACCACCCAGAGAGGGCUGCGCUCUUCUUCGUCUGUGGCGUGUGUUUGGGCCUCUUCCUCACACUCUUCGCCCUGGUGGUCCAGAUCUCCUGCCGCACCGACUGCCAGUCCCGACAGCGGCCCCCUGCCAAGAAACGAGCGCGCCCCGCCGACUCUUCCUCCGAUUCCAGCGACUCAGACUCGGACUGGGACACCACCUCGGAUCUGUCGGCGCGGCGGCACCGCCGAUUCGAACGCACGCUUAACAUGAACGUAUUCACGUCGGCGGAAGAGCUGGAGAGAGCGCAGAGGCUCGAGGAGCGGGAGCGAAUCAUCCGAGAGAUAUGGAUGAACGGGCAACCAGACAUCCCCGGGACACGGAGCCUCAAUCGGUAUUACUGAGGACUGCUGAGGGGAGUUUUGUAGAAAGAGACAUGGCCCUCGUGAAGCUUUAUAAGCAAGCAUGCAAGCUGUGGACUCACGCUGGUGAGAACAGUUGAGGGUAUUGCAGACUUGGGAAGAAAGUUAUUUUCCCUCUGCUGGUUUGCAUAUUCCUCUGGGUAUCAUAAGCUGUGUACCCCAUUCAGUAAGAGAAUAAGCUCCCACUCUGCAUGGUAAGCUCACCCCUUUCUGCCGGAAGCCAGAGGUGAAGGGCUACACUGCCUUGCCCCUGACCUCAGCAGGCCCUUUUGAAGUGGGGAUUUAUGGGUUAGCUGCCUUAAGACACACACACAGGCCUGUAGAAACUACACAAUGACUGAAGGGCCGAGGCCUCAGACGGGUCUGUUUCAUACAGAACGUCAGUCACCUGCAAAAGACUGUGACACUUGGAGCUUUAUGCUCAGCACCCUCCAGUAUUUAAGUGGGGACUUUACAGAGGGGCAGCAGAAAGAAGGGUACUAUGGGAUAACAUAAGACAAUCUUUCCACAGUGAAUAACCGCCACUGCCUUUUGAACUUUAUAAAACCAAAAUAUAUUUUUGGGGAAUUCAUCUCAACCCAUAUGAAAUCUAUUUUAUAAUAUUUAAUAGUUUAUUGAUGUUGUGUAUUUUUGUUCUCAAGUAUGGUUUAUCAUGAGAUUUUUUAUACUUGGCGAAGGUUGUCUGGCACCUCAGGGAUGCAAUCCUAGUGUUUGUGUGUUUGGUUGAUGUAUUUGCUUCCUAAGAAGGGGAUCAGCCCAUUUAAACAGCUAAUGUCAGCAUUUAAAGAAAAGAAUUAGAAAUAUCAUAUAUAUUGAGCCUCAAAGAGGUUUAGUGAUUUAACCUUAUUUUUGAUACAGUAUGUUUAAUUGACAGUGCAGUGCCUUUUCUAGCUAUUAAGUCAGAUUCUAUAAACCAACAACUUGUCAAAUGAUUUAUUAAUUGGAUAUCCCAAAUAUAUUUUACUGUUGCUUUGCUGAAGUAGAGCAUGUUUCAAAUCGGUCACUGACACGCUAUGCACUUGCUGCUCUCCCCAGAUGUAAAUGUACGUAACCAGAAUAUGCCAAUUUUGUACCAGUGAAUUUGCUAGAAAUAACUUUCUGGUCCUUGCAAAAUGUCAGGUCUUGUGUCAACUGUGCCCUUAUUUCUAAGAUACCAGUGCUACAUCGGAUGCUCGGGGUGAUCGCUGCUCGUGGCCAUCUGGAGAAGGAACCAGCACUGAAAAAAGGUUCACAGUGGACAUGCAACCUGCGUCUCUAAAAUCAUGUUGCCAGUUUAUUAAAAUAAGCUAUUGUAAAUCCAGCUCUGUUUGUGCUGCCUUGGAUUCAAGCAUGGAAAUAAUUAUAGUUUUCAUAAAAGCUUGGUGUUUUCCUGACUGAGAGUUUAAUUGAGAGUAUACAGGACAUAUUAGGGUCAUCCACAUAAAGACAGCCACUCUAUAUCAUUUUUUUUUUAUUAAAAACAGUUAUUGUGCUUCAAUUUGAAUGGGGUUCAAAUGUGCUGAUAGCUGGUAAAGUGAGACCAAAACAUGACCCCUGUGCU